AUGGAAUCCAUCAGAAACGCAGCAAACGCCGCCGCUAACUACGUCGGCUUGGGUGGCACUGCUGAAGAGACCAGAGAGGGCGAAUCCAGCCGCAUUGCUGGUGGUGAAGCUCCCCAGAAUGCCGCUACUGGUACAUCUCAAUCCGGCGUUGAGCCUGUCUCUGGCAAGCUUGGUCGUGGAGAGGCUGGCGAGCCCUACGAUGCUGGAAACGUUGAUGGUAUGUCAAGACUUGGUGGUAGCUCCGCCCAGAACCCUUCUUCAGGCUACACUUCUCAAUCGACCAUUGGCCAAGGUCGCAGCACAGGUACUGGAAUUGGCAGCGGCCUGACCGGUGGCAGUGGCCUCACUGGCUCAAGCGGAAACAGGGGCCUCACUGGCUCUGGCCUCGGUUCCAACACUACCUCUACCAGAACUACCUCUUCCCAGCCUCUCUCAGAGAAGGCUCGUGAGACCUUCGGAGUCGGUGGAGGAGACAAGCAUGCUUCCGGUUUGAGCAGUCGUGAGGAAGGACCCGGAUAUGGCACUGGCUCGAAACGUGACAAGGACAACUCUCUUGGUUCUGUCAUUGGACAUGGAUCCAACCCUGACAAGUAUCUCUACGACUCAAAGACUGCUCCUGGCCUCGGUGGACACCGCAUCGGCGAUGACUUUACCGACAAGAACACCAGACACGAGGGCGGUGACUCACUUCCUUCCAACCUAGGUUCUGAUGCCGCUGCUGGCAAGGCUGGAGCACACUCUUCAUCUGGAGGCUUGACAGGUCGCUCCGACAAUGACAGGUACUCGUCCAGUACUGGUGAGAGCCUUACUCAGAAGGCCAAGGACUACCUGCCCGGUACCAGUAGCCAUUCGAACACUCAAAACGACUCAGCCCUCGCUGGUGCCAGGGAGGUGAUUGGUGGUUCUGGUCGCAACGAGCCUGGUUACGGAAGCUCUACCUACGGAUCUAGCAACACCUCAACCCUCCCUGUCCGCACUCACCAGUCUUCCCUGACCACUGCCGACAGUCUUACUCCCGGCUCUGUCAGCGGAGCUAGCUUCGGAGGCACUGGAUCUGGCCUCACCGGCACUUCGUCUGGUAUUGCCAGCGGUCUGACCGGCUCCAGCACCACUGGUAUCGGCGAAGUCGCUUGUGAAGAAGAACGUGAAGGUUACAAGCCUCACGGAGGUCACCCCAUCGGCGAGGCCGCCCACAGCACUGUCGACGGAAAACAGACUUGGCUCGACUACCGCAACGACCCUAACCUCCCCGUUGCUCGUGCUGAUCCAGCCGAUCUGUGA